AUGGCCAGCACUUCAUCGUCUGCCAAUAAACCCGAGGGAUCUCUGGGCCCCGUCAGUUUGAGGGAAAAGUACCCCGAGCUCGAUGAUAUGACCCUACAAGAGAUACACCUACAGGAUGUCAACAAGGCGAACCUAAUUCGUGACAAGGCUAUUGAACUCAUCCGAAAAGCAGCGGCCACUAGUGAUGAGAACGUGGCCGACGAGCUCCCAGCAUUCGACUAUGAACUCAAGAGGGCCGAGGACUUCCUGGUUGCCGCCGAAGCCUAUCGCAAAGCCCCAAAAACGAGCCGAGACGACGACGUGGCCUUUCUGUCGUUUCGAAGCGACGGGGAAGAAGCAUCGCCUGACGAACAAGCGAGUCUACCCGGCAGCCGACACAUGCUGAUCGAGCUCAGCCCGGGCAGGAGAGGCCGUGGCGACGGCAGAGGACGACCCGUCUUGUAUUACUGGCCGUCGCGUAGGGAGAAGGCGGCGCGCAUGAAAGCAUCGGGCGGCGAGGAGGACGAUCUGCCUGGCCCCAGGAGAGGUUCAUCAGGCCCCAAGAGUGCGCCUACUACCCCAGACAAUCCCGAGCCGGACAGCGAGAAUGGAGAAAACACAGAGCCGGAGUCCGAGGCUUCAGCCAAAGUCAAGCUCUCCGUAAACCUUUUGUAUUAUCGGUAA